CACACACACACACACACAUGCAUUCAGUCUGUCGCUCCCACAGAAACCAUUAGCACGACUCAGAAACAGAAAGCUAUAGAUAAAGCAAUAAACAACAUACAAAGAGGAAUUAAGACGAGGACGAAGCAACCUGUAGAAAACAAACCUCAAACUGAAGCAUGCAGAAGCAGUGGGUGUGUGUGGCUUUUAUAGCCCUCCUGGUCGUCACAGAGACGCUGGCAGAUGGUGGGAAAACAGAGAAACAAGGUAAGAAAGAGCGUAAAUCGGAUUGCGGUGAGUGGCAGUGGAGCGUGUGUGUGGCUAACGAGGGUGACUGUGGUCUGGGCACUAGAGAGGGAACACGCACCGGCACUGACUGUAAACAGACCAUCAAAACCCAGCGCUGCAAAAUCCCCUGCAACUGGAAAAAACAGUUUGGAGGCGAAUGUAAGUAUGAUUUCCAGGAAUGGGGGGAAUGUGAUUCCACCACGGGAAUGAAGACACGCACCGGUGCGCUGAAGCGAGCGCUGAUGGACGCAAACUGCCCGAAUACAGUCAGCGCCACCAAACCCUGCGGCAAACCCAAGACCAAGCUGCAUGAUUUACGGAAACCAAAACGAGACGGAAAGAAAAAGGAACAGAGCCAGACAGACUGAGAGGAGAGGAGCGCAUCAUUCUCCCUCAGGCAGCGAUACAGAGGGUGGAUAUAACUGCCUUCAUGAGAGGAAGACAUUAUUUUUAUCUGUCUAAUAGAAGAUUUUUAAAUAUUUUAUAGUUUUCAUUUACAUCUUGCUGAAUAAUGGAAAAAAAGAUAAAGAAUACAAAUGAAUAUUGUACUUAACCUUCUAAUGCUGUAUCAGGCCUUCAGGGUCGGACAUUUAAAUAAAACUUGUUGUUUAAAGUGAAAUUAUUUACUCACCUUCAUGUCAUUCCAAACCUGUAUGACUUACAGAAAAGACAUUUUGAAGUAUGUUUACUCUUUUUCCAGUGUGUGGACAAUGGAUGCUGUCAAGCUCCAAAAAGUACCAUACAAUAGUUGUGUGUGAGGAAACUUAACAUUUUUGUCUCAGUAAUUAGGUUUACAUGUGUAUAUAGACCUCUAUUAAUGACAUACAUUUAUCAACUGGUUGCUAUAGCUAGUAAACAGUGUUUCAACACACAUUCAGUACCCUGUAUAUAGAUCUCUAUUAAUGACAUACAUUUAUCAACUGGUUGCUAUAGCUAGUAAACAGUGUUUCAACACACAUUCAGUAGACUUUCAGUAGCCUGUAUAUGGAAGUCAUAUGGACUAUAUUCAUGAUACUUUAAGGUGCUCUUUUGUCUUUUUUGGAGCUUGACAGCUUCCAUUCUGUUCCACUGAAUUCCUUCUGUUGUACAAGAAGAUGGAUAAAACACCUAUAGUCUCAAACUAAUGCAUUCAUAAAAUUAAAUAAAGGUGGAUUUUGUAUUGACUGUUCAUAUGUAGCCAAGGGCGUAUAUUGGGGGUUGCAGCAUGAAGCAUUUACAUGUUUCGAUUAUUAGGGGGUUACCUCCCCCCAGAAUUUACGCCCCUGUAUGUAACUUCAUUUCCCAGUCAAUAAAACCUCUAAUUCCAUCCAUAAAUGAAAAUAAUUCAGAUUUGUGUCCUCUUGUGUGAAUGCUUAAAUUAAUAAAACACACAGAAAUAUUUGUCGUAACACUUUUAUUUGCUAGAAUCCUUCUCCAAAAGUAGCUAUAUCGCACAAUACAGCAAAUCUUAUAAAUACACUUUUAUGUUACUGCUUCAUCGCGAUCAAUAAUCAAUAAUCCCAAAUGCUGUUCCGAUCAUUGCCCUAAUAAAGAUCAAAAACAUUCAUAUUAUUUAAUAGACACAUGUAUUUACACUUCAGCUGUGCUACACAUAUAGAACGUCGACUGUAUAUAUCAAACAAACGUUAAGCUGAUAACAAACCACACAUCUACCGAAUGGAAGCCACAACUCACAGUGAAUAGAAACCACGACACUUUAGCGGUGGAAAUAAACAAUAUUCAGUAUUUACACCAGCCUCUGGGAGGCGCUGUCCGCACGCUCGGGUCUACACACACCCUUGGAAGGCCCCCGAAAAUCAGCUGAUAAAAAUGUAUAAUUUUUUGGUAUAUUGAUAAAAAUUCAUGCCUCGGGUACGAGGCAAGUCUGUGCUUUUAUCAGAAUGCAGAAACUCAUUAAGGCUGUUCACUAAUGACAGCGUUCCGUCUGCGCUAUUUUUAAUCGUUGGUCUAUGUACACAUGCGUCAAUGAGCACCACACUUGUACGUUUUCUCGUACAGAUCGACUACUGUCGUGGCAGAGCAACAGCUUGAGGAUAAUAUUUCUGAGUACGGAAAGUUAAAGUUGGGAAAACUUUUGGCAAGUUUAUAGUUACCUGUCGGAAUGAUCGUAUUUAACAGUGCCAGAAACUCAACGAUUUUGGGGGGUGUCGAUUAAAGAAACUUAACGAAACAAAUUGGUAUUUGUCUGUGACAAGGAGGGCGUGGCACGGCUGGCGCUGAAUCAGCGGGAGAGCGAGAUAAAGGGGAGCCGGAGGCUGCAGUUCGAGAGAGAGUCGCACGCGGCCGCGCUGCAUUUGUGUCUGUGUUCGUUUAUGCUUUAUAUUGUUUUAGUUCAUUUAUAUCAUUAAACCUUUAUGUUGACUGUUCAGCCGGUUCCCGCCGCCUCCUUGCCCAUCCUUAUACUGUUAUAGUGCUGCCCGAAUCUGGGAGGGAGGAGAGGAUGUGCUGUCGCGGAGUCCUCGCCGCUGCCAUCCGCCAGGGGAGCAGCAACGGCCCUCUGCCCUGGGGACGGAGAGGUCGCUGCCGGCCUCCGAGAAGGGGAGGAACAGUUCCGUCCACCAGGGGCCGGAGGACUGCUGCCAUCCGCCGGGGUAGGAGUGAGCUGUCAUCCGCCAGAGGGCCGAGGAGCGGUUGGGGCCGGGCGACAGCGUGUCCCUUUCCAUCUCCCCACGUCUCGCCUCUCCCCCAGGUUCCUAGGAGGCAGGGUGGACCACCGGCUGACGGAACAGCCAGAAUGGCAGCAUCUCCCCUCCUGUGGGGGGGGGGGUGGGUCAGUCCGGUGGUGCCCCGGCCUGAGUCGGGUAGGGGAGGAGUGUGACGAUGAGGAGGAGGGCGUGGCCAGGCCGUGAUGGUGCACAGCCGCCACUGAAUCAGCUGAUCGGCGGAAGAGCGAGAUAAAGGGGAGCCGGAGGCUGCAGUUCGAGGGAGAGGUGCAGGUGUGUUCGUUUAUUUCAUUGUUUUAAGUCAAUAAACCUUUUUCAGCCGGUUCCCGCCUCCUCCUUGCCAGUCCUUAUGCUGUUACAUUGGCAUAAUUCAAUUUUACGAGCGGAGCUGUACUGUGUGUUCAGUUUUUAUGCACAUGUUUGUACCCUUGAUCAAGAAUAGUCAAAUUUAGCUGGUUUAAUUGACCAUUUGGUUUAAUUGACCCCUUAUCAAUUAUGGCUUCCUAAUAAUCCCCAUCCAUUAAUUGGCUCCAUCGCUCUACUCUCUCCUCUCCACCAAUAGCUGGUGUGUGGUGAGCGCACUGGCGCACUAUGGCUGCCGUCGCAUCAUCCAGGUGGAUGCUGCACACUGUGUUAAGCGCUUUGAGUGUAGUGUCUGAAAAGCGCUAUAUAAAUGUAACGUUCGUUCUUCCAUUGAUUAAAAAAACAUUAAUAUUGUGUAUUUGUCAGUAGGUUGGUAAUAGUGUGUCUUUGGCAGCCAUUGUGGAAAUCAACGGCCGUGUGAGUGUGCGCACGACCUAAAUUUGAGAUUCACACACAUGCUGAUUGUCCAAACUCUGCAAACACACAAACACACUCUGUACACACACAGAUCGAUACAAUGCAAGAAACACACACGUGAGAGGCUUGAGGGACUCCAGGGACAACACGCUGUUGGAGAGCAUAGAAAUACAUUUCUAUACGGAUUCUGUACAUUCAAGCCCUUUUACUGUGUAUUAAUUGUGCUGUCAGUUUGAUUAGCAGAAUGAUGAUGAUGAUGAUGAUGAUGGAUGAAGAUGGCUCAACUCUAACAGCAAAAAGACGUUCACUGAUCAACUGGAGUCAUGGUUACAUUUAUGCUCCCCAAAUAUGCCUUUUGGACCACCAAACAGCCGGCAGCCUGUUGGCACCCAUUCACUUGCAUUGUAAGGACAAAAAGAGCUUAAAUGUGCUUAUAAAAAUCUUCACUUCGGUUCUGCUAAAGAAGGAAAGUCAUGCACAUCUGGGAUGGCUUAAAGGUGAGUCAAUCAUGAGAGAAUUUUCAUUUUUGGGUGAACUGUCUCUUUAAGAAGACCACUCGAGUUUUAUACCUUUUAUGCUGCCUUAAUGUCCUUUUUGGAGCCUUGAAAGUUUUCGACUUGCAUUGCAUGGACAAAAACACCUCAUACAUCCUUCGAACCCCUUGAGUGGUUUGGAUUACAUUUAUGCUGUCUUUAUGUACUUUUUGGAGCUUGAAAGGUUUGGACGCCAUUGACUUGCAUUGUGUAGACAAAGGCAACAUAAAUUAUUCUAAAUAUCUUAAUUUGUGGGAACGGCAUGAAGGGGAGUGAACGAUGAGAAUUACAGUAUAGUUUUAUCUUCUCUCACACUCUCUCUGUUCUCCAUCUGAAGGACAGGGUGAGUGAGUCAGAUGGGUGUCGCCCCAUUUAAGGAUGGGGUCGCAGUGGGGGGCGUGUAACUCAAAGACUCUGACAUCUGCUCUAUCUGUCCCACAUGCAGCCAAUAACACACUCAAUCAGCGACACCAGCGUGCACCUUUCACGACCUCUGACCUGCAUCAUGGAGAUUAAUCUCACACAUGUCGACUUAUAUAAAGAUCUGAAGUUGACACAAUCACACACAAUGCAAGGGUUAAGCUCGCCCAAAUAUUAAGGUCAUAUUUCACCUCUAAAAAAAUGUGCGCUGUACAUAUUAUUGUAAUCUGUAAAAACAUCAAACUCAUAUAAAUAUUAAAUAUCAUGUGUCAUAUGUUGUGGGAAAGAUCUCAUAGAUUAAAAUACAACCAGACUAUUUGUUUUACUCACAGACAAAAAUAUAGCGAGUAACAGCUAAAUAUAUGUCUUUGACAAUUAUGUUGGUGUUGCUUAUAUGCCGCGUUUUUGCUUAUAACUUCAUGAAAACAUAAACAGAGCAUAUCAUUAUUUCGAGUCUGUUAUUAUCUUUCAAACGAGUCCACACACAAGAUAAUCGGAUGUAUAGAUCAUUAGAUAAUCCACAUGAAGCACAAUGUUACAUAUGACCACCAGGAGAUGGCGCCAAAUACACGACACAGACUCAAUGAUGACUCAAAUGACACAGAAUGAAACUCAUUCUGUUGAAUCUCAUGACUAAAAUCAUGUCUGCUUGCUAUGCAAACCAGUCUCUUAGGCUGAGAGUCUCAGAAUAUAUCAUAAUCUUUGUUAUAUAUAUAAAAAAGUUUUCUUUACGGUGAUACCAAACACUUUUUUGUGUGUCGAGUUAUAAGCCUUUAAUUUUGGGAAUACCACUGAAACAGGAAAUCUUUCGAAACACCUUCAGAGCUUAAAGGGUUAAUAAAUAUUCAGACUUUUAUCCAAUAAGAAAUGCUCUCUGUCUACGGAUCUGCAUGUUCGGAUUUGCUGUCGAGUCUUUGAGGGGCGGGGGGCUUGAAGUCACACUUGAAGUAAAGCACCUUUAGAGUGAACACAACAAAUAUUAACAUGAUCUAAUAAAAAGUAUCAGGAAUGUUUUCCAUUUUAGUCAUGAGAAUUUGGGGCGAAAAAAAGUGCUAAAUUGUCUUGAAAAUAACGAAUUAUUCAAAAUAUAAUUUCUUGCUGAUUUUGUGGUGAAAUAUGACCUUGAACAUGAACAUGAGAUUCUUUCACCAAGUCAAACGGCCUCAAAACGGGCAAAGAUGCGCAAUCGCAACGUCUGUUAGAGUAAACAAACAUUGAUGUGUCCAGUGAGGGCAAGAGGGGGCACUGUGGUGCCCGUGAGAGAGCGGGUAGAGGGGUGAGACAGCUGUCUGUGUGUCAGUGUGUGAGACUGGCAUCAAUACAACAGCUUUGGUCAAAGACAAGCUGAAGGAGAACAGCAGAUAAUCUGCAGAGAAAUGAAAAAAAUAUUUUUUGCAUGAAGAGAUGAGGUGAAAAUGCAGACUUACAGAAUGAUUGUGGGAGAGUGAGAGAGAGAGAGAGAGAGAGUGUACCAUAAAAGGAAAUAUGGCUGUGUAAUUUUAGUAUUCUCGUAUUCUCAGGUUCUCACAAAGGAAAUUUCCUGGUCCUACAUAUUUUACCCAAAUAUUAAAAUAAACAAAUAAGACGUUAUUUUUUGCAUGUCGAAAAUUUUGCCUAUUUUCAGAGCCAUUAAGAUUUUUUACAUUGUGAUUUGUGACAUAUUUGUCUUGACUAUGCACAUUUUACUCUUCAGUUAUCAUUACCGACAUGUGAUAAAGAUGGUCAUUAUGGUUUUCUCAUUACCGCAAAAUAAUAAAAAAUUACAUUAAAUAUUUUUUACACUGUGACAUUAUUUUCAUGUCAGUUACGCACAUUUUUCUCAUUUCCGUGAUACGAAAAAAUAUGAUCAUUGUGAUAUUCUCAUUACUGCAAAAUAUUUAUUUUCAAAUAUUAUUUAAAUUAAUAUUUUUUUUAAAUGUUUUACAUUGUGACAUUAUUUUCUUGACUACGCAUAUUUUACAUGUUUUUUCUCAUUUCCGCGAUGCGAAAACUAAGGCAAAAAAUUUUUUUUAAAUAUUAUUUAAAUUACGAUAAUAAUAUUUUUUUUACGUUGUGGCAUUAUUUUCAUAUCAGUUACGCACAUUUUACCCUUUUAUUCUCAUUACCGCAAUGCAAACAAAAUAUGGUCAUUGUGAUGUUCUCACUGCUGCAAAAUAAAAAAAUAAAAAAUAUUAUUUAAACUAAGAUUUGUUUUAAUAUUUUUCACAUUGUGGCAUUAUUUUACCAUUUUACAUUCCAAUUCUCAUUACCGCAAUGCGAGAAGAGAUGGUCAUUCUGAUAUUCGCAUUAGAGAAAAAUAUAUAUUUUUUUAUAUUACUUAAAAUGAAGAUUUUUUUUUAAAGAUUUUUUACAUUGUGACAUUAUUUUCAUGACAGUUACGCACAUUUUACCCUUUUAUUCUCAUUACCGCAAUGCAAACAAAAUAUGGUCAUUGUGAUGUUCUCACUACUGCAAAAUAAAAAAUAAAAAUAUAUUAUUUAAACUAAGAUUUGUUUUAAUAUUUUUCACAUCGUGACAUUAUUUUCAUGACAGCUACGCACAUUUUACAUUCCAAUUCUCAUUACCGCAAUGCAAAAAAAAGAUUGUAAUAAAGAUAUUUUCAUUAGAGAAAAAUAAAUGGCUAUUUAAAUUAUACAUCAUAGUAAUUCUCCCUUUCAUUUUUGAUGAUUUUAAUGUAAAGAAUCGUUGUACAACAGCAUUACAGCUUAUCGUAAUGAGAGUCAUCACUGAAAACAAAGGGAAUAGUUUUAACAACAAGGAACAAGUUACUGUAAUGAGAUUUUGGGGGGUAAAAUGUCACAUUGCAACAAAUCUUAAUGGUCUUAAAUGUAGGCUUUAUUUUCUAUAUGAAAAAUAUUUUUUUAUUAUUAUUAAUUUGGGGUUAAAUGAGAAAAAUAAAAAUGAUCUUGUCACUCUUAUUUGGUUCUGAACCCAAAUGACUUCCUGUUUCUGUAACACAAAAGAUGUUCGGCAGAACCUCAGUCACCAUUCACUUUCAUUGUUUGGGAAAAAUAUGCAGUGAAAGUGAAUAAUGAGGCUUCACAAUAACUGGAACAGAAACAAUCACGUCAUGGUUACAGUUGUAACCUCCGUUCCCCGAGGGAAGGAACGAGACGUUGUGUCGAGUGACACAUGGGGUCUUCCUGGGACGCCAAACGUCCCUCUGAACCCGAGAAAAUGCCAAUGUCAAGUUGGCAGACAGAAUUUGCAUGCCCCGCCCCCGACAUACGGGUAUAAAGGUGUCGAGUGACAGAACGGGAACAGUGUUUUAGUGGAAACUAUUAUUACCAUUGUCAUUUAAUUUAAGAAUUUUGAUUUGACCACAUGAAACUAAACUUUUAUUUUAGAUUUUUCACUCUUAUCCAGAUUAUGCUGCAAAAUUACGGCAACCAACACGAUCAAACCCUCUCUACUGUCCAUCGAAAUCAAUCAGCGACUUUCAUCAUAGAACAUAAAUUCCCCCAGCAUGCAUCACUGUCAUGUAACAGCUGCGGUUCUGUGAUCAAUUGACUGGCAUAUCCCAUGAUCCUCUGCUCUAAUUCUAUUUAUCUGAUUGAAUGAAUCAAAAACAACAAAUGGCGACACGGCAUCUUAUUAUGAGAGGAGAAAGCUUCUGUCAUUUAGCCCUUUAAUUCAC